AUGGACCAAAUCAGCAAGUACCUCAUAAUCAUCGCAUCAUUAAUGACCGUCAAAUUGACAGUCACUGAGAGCAAGAACGAAACGAAGCCCAAAAUUGAUAGACGGCACUACCAAAUGCCAAUCUUCAUCAAUGUCUGUGACAUCUCCGACAGACGGUCGAAAGUACAUUGCUACUGCGACAGUAAUAAGCCUAAAAUGGCAACUAGAGCAGAUUGCUGGAUAUUCGGCGGUGGAUUAACUGAGGACGAUUCUAUAUGGCCGAGUUUUUCAUCGCAAUCAGAAAUAGAACACCUCAUGUUCAACGUUCGUACUGACGACGCAUUGAACUUCAUUCCAGCUAAAGCUAUAGUUCGAUUGGACAGACUAAAGCAUUUGUCCAUCCAAUUUGGAACGAUCAAUAUUAUACAUCCAUAUGCUUUCACAAAUUCUUCCACACUACGCCAAAUCGUUUUGAAAUCAAAUAAAAUUACAAGCUUAGAAAAACAUUCAUUUUCUCAAAUGAUGAUGUUAUCAAAUCUAAGUUUGGACGAUAACCAAAUAUCCGAGCUGAAAACUGAUGUGUUUUUUAAUUUACCCAACUUACAUGUUUUACAUUUGUCGAAUAAUAAUUUAAGUUUGCUACACGAAGGCUGUUUCAAACACCUAAAUAAUCUGGUUGAACUGAAAUUGGAUUACAACUAUAUAUCAGUAAUAAUAAGAGAAAUGUUAGAGGGUCUAGAGAAUCUUUCCCGAUUAAACUUAAGAAACAAUAAGAUAAAUAUGAUCGGAAACUUGGCUUUCAGUGAGCUGUGGGGUCUGAAAGAAUUGAUGUUAGAUAAUAACGCUAUAGAAUAUAUAUCGGAGAGAGCGUUUGGGGGCCUCACUCAAUUGAGAAAGUUGACGUUGUCUGGAAACAAGCUGGUAACUUUUUACGAGGACAUACUUGACGAUAUAAGAAGUCUCAUCGUCUUAGAUCUCAGAGACAAUCUUUUGACAACGAUAUCCUACGAAACAAUUCGUCCAGUUGUUGAAAAUGACAAAUCCCUUUCAUCUGUGGUUUAUUUAGACGGUAACCCACUCAACUGUAACUGCCGACUGUCCUGGAUAUAUGUUUUGCGCAACGAAACCCAGGAUAAUACAAUGAAACAUGCCCUCGAAAAAAUAUCGUGCGUACCAGAUCCAACAAAUGAUAGACGGCUCAGUGAGACUAAAGACGAGGAAAUUGAAAAUAUUAAUGUUUUAGCUGAUGACAAUUAUGAUUAUUACGACAAAGGCGACGAUUAUAAUAAUGACAAAGAAAAACCAAAAGUCAGCAAAGCAAUUAAACUAACAGAUAUCCCCCUAGAGACACUUCCUUGUCCAAAAGAAUUAAUGCAGUCGAUAGAGGAAACUUAUGGCCAUCCCGUGCAGAAUGAGAUUAGAUUAAAAGCGAUUUCUAAUGUCGGAAGACAUUUGCCUAGCUUUUUUUUCCUAGUAAUUUUGAUGAUACUGUUUUAA